CGUCGUUUUAAUUAUUUAUCUCUCUUGUUGACAAAACUUUUCCUCUUUCUUUUCUUUUAUACAUAUUCCCUUUCCUUUAUCAUAUCUUUCUUUUUUAUCUUCCUCUCCUUUAUACAAUGUCAGGUUCAAGAUUCACAAUGAGUCGAGAUCGUUUAGCCGAGCUUCGAGGUGCCAACAGCAAUGAAAAACGUUACGAUCGUCUCAGUGAUGAUGAUGAACCCGUGCCUCCCAUGCCAACAGGUAGAAAUGAUACUGGUUACCAUCCACCUACACCGCCAUCACCCGCAUACAACAAUACUGCUCGAGGAGACAGAUAUGCUGAAAGCAAAGAACAAUAUGAAAUGAGUCCACGUACUCAACCAGACGGUGUCAUUUCAACAGAUCAAUUCUUCCAAGAAGUAGAAGAAGUAAAAGAGCUGAACAAAAGAAUUCUUGACAAUAUCUUACUUAUUGAAGAACUUCAUGGGACAGCGCUGACAAACAUCAAUGACGAACAAACAGAAGAAAAUGCAUACCGACUAGAAAAAGUAGUGAAGCAGACUACAAAGCUAAAUAAUGAGUGUAAGAACAAGAUCAAGGCUAUUGAGCUCAGUAAUGCUCGUAUGCCUGCUAGCUCAGGCGAUUUGCCUAUGCGUAAAACACAGCAUGCUGCAUUAAAAAAGAAGUUUAUUGAGACUAUUCAAAGAUAUCAGGAUAUCGAGAGAACGUUCCAACAGAAAUACAGACAGCGGGUGGAAAGACAAAUCAAAAUUGUCCAGCCUGAUGCUACACCCGACGAAAUUGAGCGAGUUUUGGAUUCAGAUGAACCACCUCAGAUUUUUGCCCAGUCUUUAAUGCAAUCCAAUCGAUCCGGGCAAGCCAAGGCUGUUUUGUCUGAAGUGCAGUCCCGCCAUGAUGAUAUCAAAAAGAUUGAAAAGACAAUUUUAGAACUACAUCAAUUAUUUGUGGACAUGCAAAUGAUGGUAGAACAACAAGCUGAGACAUUAAAUCAAAUUGAGCAACAUGCAGAAGCUACUGUGGUUGAUUUGGAGCAAGGUAACAAGGAUAUUGACAGGGCAAUUGUCAUUUCCAAAAGCACACGUGCUAAAAAAUGGAUCUGUUUUAUUAUUUUUAUCAUUCUUCUGGUUAUUGCUGGUAUUUUGAUUUGGUGGUUUGGCUUCAACCAUGCUGGCAUCAACACUUCUUAAAUGUAGUACUUGUAAUACACUCAAAUAAACGUUCACAUGUAAAAGAACGUUUUCUUUUUCUAUAUUAUG